AAAGCCUUAUUUAUUAUAAUUUUCCCCACCGUUGGCAUGGCAACACAGGCAUAUACUGAGCUACAGGCGGCCCCGCAACCAUCCCAGACGCCGCAGGCCCCGCAACAGGCCCAGCCCCAGCCGCCACCCCCAGCAGCACCGCAGCCCCCCCAGCCUCCCACCACCGCUGCCACUCCCCAGCCCCAGUAUGUCACUGAGCUACAGAGCCCCCAGCCCCAGGCACAGCCACCGGGCAGCCAGAAGCAGUACGUGACGGAGCUCCCAGCCGCACCGGCACCCUCCCAGCCAGCUGGCGCACCCACCCCGACCCCUGCCUCCCAGCAGUACAUUGUGGUCACCGUCUCUGAAGGUACCAUGCGGGCCAGCGAGACUGUGUCAGAGGCCAGCCCGGGCUCCACGGCUAGCCAGACCGGCGUCCCCACUCAGGUGGUUCAGCAGCUGCAGGGCACCCAGCAGCGGCUGCUGGUCCAGACGAGUGUGCAGGCCAAGUCAGGCCACGUGUCACCCCUCCAGCUAACCAAUAUCCAGGUGCCCCAGCAGGCUCUCCCCACACAGCGUCUAGUGGUGCAGAGCGCAGCCCCAGGCAGCAAGGGCAGCCAGGUUUCCCUGACAGUCCUCAAUACCCAGCAGGUGCACUCGCCCCCGGAGCGGUCGCCAGUGCAGGCCAACAGCUCUUCCAGCAAGACAGCUGGGGCCCCCACGGGCACAGUGCCGCAGCAGCUACAGGUCCAUGGUGUCCAGCAGAGUGUCCCCGUCACCCAAGAGAGGUCCGUGGUCCAGGCCACUCCACAGGCACCCAAAGCUGGCCCUGUGCAACCGCUGACCGUGCAGGGGCUCCAACCAGUCCAUGUGGCUCAAGAGGUGCAGCAGCUCCAGCAGGUGCCUGUCCCACACGUGUACUCCAGCCAGGUGCAGUAUGUGGAGGGUGGCGAUGCCAGCUACACAGCCAGUGCCAUCCGCUCCAGCACCUACCCCUACCCUGAGACACCACUGUACACACAGACGGCAAGCACCAGCUACUAUGAGGCUGCAGGCACAGCUGCCCAGGUCAGCACUCCCGCUACCUCGCAGGCAGUAGCCAGCAGCGGCUCUGUGCCCAUGUACGUGUCCGGCAGCCAGGUGGUCGCCAGCUCUACCAGCAGCGGGGGUGGGGCCACCAACAACAGUGGCAGCAGUGGCAGUGGUGGUGGUGGUGGCGGCGGCAGCAGUGGCAGCGGGGGAGGAGGUGGCGGCGGCGGUGGCAAUGGCAGCAGUGGCAACGGCAGCAGUGGAGCAGGCACCUACGUGAUCCAAGGUGGCUACAUGCUGGGCAGUGCCAGCCAGUCUUACUCCCAUACCACUCGUGCCUCGCCAGCCACGGUCCAGUGGCUCCUGGACAACUAUGAGACAGCUGAGGGUGUGAGCCUGCCACGGAGCACCCUUUACUGCCACUACCUGCUGCACUGCCAGGAGCAGAAACUGGAGCCUGUGAAUGCCGCCUCUUUUGGCAAGCUUAUCCGCUCCGUCUUCAUGGGUCUGCGCACCCGCCGUCUGGGCACCAGGGGCAACUCCAAGUACCACUACUAUGGCCUGCGCAUCAAGGCCAGCUCACCCCUGCUGCGGCUGAUGGAGGACCAGCAGCACAUGGCCAUGCGGGGCCAGCCCUUCUCACAGAAGCAAAGGCUUAAGCCUAUCCAGAAAAUGGAAGGCAUGACCAAUGGUGUGGCUGUAGGCCAGCAGCAGAGCACAGGACUAUCAGACAUCAGCGCCCAGGUGCAGCAGUACCAGCAGUUCCUGGAUGCCUCCCGGAGCCUCCCUGACUUCACAGAGCUCGACCUCCAAGGCAAAGUGCUGCCUGAAGGUGUUGGGCCUGGGGACAUCAAGGCCUUCCAGGUCCUGUACCGGGAACACUGUGAGGCCAUUGUGGAUGUCAUGGUGAACCUGCAGUUUACUCUGGUGGAGACACUGUGGAAGACCUUCUGGAGGUACAACCUCAGCCAGCCCAGUGAAGCACCACCACUGGCCGUGCAUGACGAGGCUGAGAAGCGGCUGCCCAAAGCCAGCCUGGUGCUCCUCUCAAAGUUUGAGCCUGUGCUCCAGUGGACCAAGCACUGUGACAACGUGCUGUACCAGGGCCUGGUGGAGAUCCUCAUUCCUGACGUGCUGCGGCCCAUCCCCAGUGCCUUGACCCAAGCAAUCCGGAACUUUGCCAAGAGCCUGGAGAGCUGGCUCACCCACGCCAUGGUGAACAUCCCCGAGGAGAUGCUGCGGGUGAAGGUGGCAGCGGCCGGCGCCUUCUCUCAGACACUGCGGCGCUACACGUCGCUCAACCAUUUGGCGCAGGCGGCGCGCGCUGUGCUGCAGAACACUGCGCAGAUCAACCAGAUGCUGAGUGACCUCAACCGCGUGGAUUUCGCCAACGUGCAGGAGCAGGCCUCAUGGGUGUGCCGCUGCGAAGACCGCGUGGUGCAGCGUCUGGAGCAGGAUUUCAAGGUGACGCUGCAGCAACAGAACUCACUAGAGCAGUGGGCGGCCUGGCUGGACGGCGUGGUGAGCCAGGUGCUCAAACCGUACCAAGGCAGUGCCGGCUUCCCGAAGGCAGCCAAGCUCUUCCUCCUCAAGUGGUCCUUUUACAGCUCUAUGGUGAUCCGGGACCUGACCCUACGCAGCGCCGCCAGCUUCGGCUCCUUUCACCUCAUCCGUCUGCUCUACGACGAAUAUAUGUAUUACCUGAUCGAGCACCGCGUCGCCCAAGCCAAGGGCGAGACCCCAAUCGCCGUCAUGGGCGAGUUCGCCAACCUGGCCACCUCACUGAAUGCCCUGGACCCAGACAAAGACGAGGAGGAGGAAGAAGAAGAGGAGAGUGAGGACGAGCUCCCGCAAGACAUCUCGCUGGCGGCUGGGGGCGAGUCGCCAGCGCUGGGCCCUGAGGCCCUGGAACCGCCGGCCAAGCUGGCGCGGACUGAUGCGCGCGGCCUCUUCGUGCAGGCGCUGCCCUCCAGCUAAGCCCGCGGCCGCCCCGGCACCCCCUUCCAGCCCGAUCCCCCGCUGCCCCUUCGAGCCAGGGUCCCUCACAGUUGCUGUGGCUUUGCUGUCACCGCUCCAUCCUCGGCCAGGACGGGGAGGGAGCCUCGGAGACAGGGAAGGCAGGGCCCCCUGCCUCGCUACCCCCGCCCCCCACAUGGGGCCGACACAAUCACUGCGCUGGGCGGAGCCGCAGCUGCAAACUCUUGACAAAAAAGACGUGCCUUAAGGAACCCGCCGCCGUGCCCAGGUGCCCCGCAGGGCAUUAAGCUCGGCCCCUUGGCCCCUGUGAAGGCCACAGCUUCUCUCCCCAGCCCUGCCCUCCAGCUGCCCCGGGGGCAGGCAGGCAGCCGCCCACCCCACCCCCACCCCCCCGCGGAACUGUUAACUUAUUCUGCUCGCUGGCUUUGCACAGCCUGACCUGGGCCUAGCCCUGAGCCCCGGGUGGGCGCAGGUGGGCUUCACCUGGGGGACCCCACUGUCAGCAGUAGCCCCGGGACUCCUCCCCUAGCACCCCCACUGCUACCCCUUCUUGGUAUUAAGUGCAAUUAAAGCCGUGGGUGUCGCAUCUUCUCCAGCGCUGGGCCCUCCCUUGCCCUGCCUUGCCAAGAAUAGGUACUGUCCCGCCCGCCUGGGGGGGAGGGGGCGGGAGGAGGGCACGGCCUCCAGCUUCCAAAGAAGAGCCGCAGGCUAUGGGCCGUGAAGCGUCCGCGCCUGCCCCGGCCUGGGCUGGGUGCUCCACAGAUCCAAGACCUCCGCCCCACACCCAAGGCGCCGCUGGUUUGUAAUGGAACCUUCCAGCGCUCUUACUCUCCCUGGAGACUGUGCUUCUCCUCUGUGCCGUGCGACCCCAACCCCACCCCCAAUGACUAUUGUGCGAUUUGUGAGCGCCGCCUGAGCGGAGUUGGUAACUUGUUGGGUUUUUUUCCAACCAUCAUGGCCUUAUCUGUUCCAGUUUUCUCAAGUGUUUUCAACCUGUGAGAUAGAUGUUUAUGGCAAAAAAGAAAAAAAAAAAAGCUGACCUAUUGUAUAAAAAUCACUAUUUUGUGUGCUCCGUGUGCUAAAGCUUUUGAUGUGGCCCUGUCCACACCCCCGGGGCCUCCUCUCUCCCAGCGGUGAACGUGUCCACACGUGUGGUAGUUUAGUGUGCCGAGCUGUUUUCUACCUUUUUGUAGUCUUUCUUAAAACACAAUAAAUUCCGCUGUGAUGUUUGUCUA